UUAAUGGCGGGUUGUAAUUAUGAUAUAUCAAAUGAUGUGUUUUAAUGAUACUGAUUAUCUUUAUCUUGAUUCCACAAGGUUGUGACUUUGUGAUCAUAACCUUCUAGAUCAUGGCCACACCAAGCGCCAUAUAUAGAGUACAUCAGUGUUCUGAUUGUCAAGGUGACACAGCGUACUAUUGUGUAUCGUGCCAAUUUGAUCUAUGUCCCAGGUGUAAAGAGAAACAUGAAAAAGAUCUCCAAACAAUAGACCAUAAUGUCAUGACGUACGGUAAAGAUAUCAAGUACAUCCCAACACAGGAAAUCUGUGAUAGACAUUCCACCAUGUUAUAUGAAAUGUAUUGCGAACAUUGUUGGCUUCCAGUCUGUUAUCAUUGCAUACAGCAUAGAACGCACAGAUGGAUGGAUAUUCAAAGAGCGUAUGAAACUAAACGUCAGCAAUACCAAAGAAAAAUUGAUACUAUCAGAUACGAUGCUCUCUUUUAUAGACCUGUUCUCCUAACAGAAAUCAAAGCUGAUAAAAUCACACACCGUUCCCGUUCCCAUCUUCUAAUAAAGAUGUUUGUUAAGGCUCAAAGAUUAUAUAAUCUUACUGACAGGAGCUCACGUCAUUUUGAUUUCCGGCACAGAUGUUUAGGACAGAAAAUUAAAAUACACAGCCAUAUUGAUACCCUACAGACUUUUAUACACGUGUAUGAACAAUCAAUAAAUAAUCCGAUACAAUUCCUUUCACAGAAAAAUUGCCUCUCCAAAGAGCAGGACUGUCUUGGUCUUAAAAUCCACACAAGACAGUUUUUCAUGACUAAUUCACGCAUGAAGGAGGAUGUGAUAGAUUUACUUGGUAAAGUCCAAAUCACAGAGAGAGGAAACCGACGCGUAAAAAUCGAGUGUCUGCUAAAACUGAUGGCUCUUCCUGUGUUACACCAAUCUUUCACAGUAACAGGGGCCACUCAUUGUGGCCACAUUAGUUUCGUGACAUCAGAGCAAUUCUGGGUAAGUGAUGUUGAUAAUGGUCUCAUUUUGUCAAAUACAGGAGGUGACACUCUUUAUUAUCUUGAUGAUUUAAAUUGUGAUGAAAACGGAUCACACACAGUGAACAAUGAGUUAGAAUUAAUAUAUAUAAACAAGAAAUAUCAAAUAAACAAACUGUCAAAGGAUAUGAAAAGAACUACCACAUUCGUAGAUAUAACAGACUCCACAUGGAGACCACGGUGUGUAUACUGGUCCAAGUUAACUGGUGAUAUUUUGAUUGGGAUGGAUAGCUUCUGGACAUGUAAGGUAACUCGGUACAAUAAUUGUGGACAAUUGACACAGACGAUACCAGACUGCAUAGGACUGAAACUGUAUAUAUCCCCUAACUUUAUAACAGAGAAUAACAAUGGGGAUAUCGUUGUGUCUGACUUUGCCUCUUUUUUUGAGUAUGGAGCUUUAGUAGUGACAAAUCGUGAAGGAAAAUAUCGUUUUUCUUACCCAGCAAAUGGAUCAGAACUAAGGCUAAAGCCGAAUGGAAUUUGUACUGACGCACUGUCACACAUCUUGGUGUGUGAUAAGAUGACCAACACAGUACAUAUGUUAAAUAAAGACGGUCGGUUCCUGUCACAUCUACUAAUUAUACCCUCGGGAAUAAACUAUCCAUAUAACCUGAGUUAUGACGUCAACACCCACCAUCUGUGGGUUGGUUCACAGUACGGAGACAACAGGAUAUGCGUCUUUAGAUAUAUCACCAAACAGGACACUCUAAAAGAUAUCAAGCCGGCCAUUACUGGUUUUACUAAAUCAUCACCUAGUGAUAUCAAAGCCACAGGGACUCAAAACCCACAGCAAGGAAAUGGGUGUGUGCCGAAACUCAUGUGUCUUCCCAAGUUCAUAUGCGCCUUUGAGAUGACAAAAAACAAUAAAGGUUUUCACAUUAAUUAUGUAACAACAGAAGUGAUCUGGAUCAGUGAUCGAAACACUGUCUACUCAUACGACUUAGAUGGUCGAGCUCUUAAAUAUCUGCCUGAUUUAUAUGAGGGUGAUACACUAACUGGUAGUGGGUCACACACGGUAAACAAAAAGGCUGAAUUGAUUUAUAUAGAUACCAAAUAUAACAUAAAGAUACUGCCCAUAACUAUGGAAACACCAAUAACAUUUAUAGAGUUUAAAGAUUGUACACAAAAACCACGCUGUGUGUACGGUUCCUUUUACAGCGGGGAUCUACUGGUUGGAAUGUUUAACUAUGACACACAGAGAGGAAGUGUCUUCCGGUACAACCAAAACGGACAACUAACACAGACAAUACAACAGGACAGCACAGGAAGGGAACUUUAUAAUCAACCUAAUUAUUUAAUAGAAAACAAAAGUGGGGAUGUCGUGGUGUCUGACUGUAAGUUUGAUAUGUUUGGUGCUGUAGUGGUGACAGAUCGUGAAGGAAGACAUCGUUUCUCCUACACAGGGAUUCCACCCGAAUCACGAUUAGAGCCACGUGGAAUCUGUACUGACGCGCUCUCGCACAUCCUUGUGUGUGAUAAUUGGACCAGAAAAAUACUAAUGUUAGAUAAAGACGGUCAGUUUUUGUCACAUUUAUUGACAAAUUCAAAAGAGAUGUAUUUUCCACACAGCCUAAGUUAUGACGUAUACAAUCACAAGCUCUUGGUCGGAUCAUGGGUCGAAAGCACGGUGUAUGUCUACAACUAUCUAACGAUAUAGACGAACUUGGUGCUUUGACAAGUAUGUUUAAUGAAUUCAUCGAUAUAAUGUCACAACAGUAACUCUCAGGUUCGAUUGAAAAUUAUUGUUGGACGGAUAGGAAAAUAAAGAAAUAUAAAAGAUACAGGCAGUGAAUGUGCAAAGAUGUCCAAAGUAAUCAAUAGUAUGCGUGCAUCUGUGUAGGCUUAGAGCUAUAUGGAAUAUGGAACAACAUUUUUAAAUCUUGAACACAUAUAUCACUAUAGCUAUACUGUCAACCAUUAUUAUAGGUGCAGUUGUAUCAAAUAUGUAUUUACAUAUUUGUAUGACAUGCCUAAUUCACAUUAAUGAACUUAACAUAGUAAAACCAUCGAUUAAGCAUAGGUUUAUCAAUUGUAAACUGUAGUUUACA